AUGGCAAAAGUAGCUACAGAUUUCAUGAAACGCCAUAAAUGGACCUCUGAAACUCCAUCAUCCGAACUAGCCAAAUACACAAAGGAAAUUAACAAAAGUUUGAAGGAUGAUCGCAAGGUAAGAUUCAAUGCCAAAACACAUAUUCGACAAUUAGGGCUUAUUAAGGAACAAGUAGAAGAUCUCAUUCCUAUUCGACCUACUGGAAAGCAUGAAAAAGGCAGGGAUAUUGUUGAUAAAAUUGCUCAAGAAAUUGUGAACAAUGACUUUCCACUGGAGAAAAUAAAAGAAAUUUCAAAUGAUCUGGCCGGUUAUGCACCUAAUCCAGUCGCAGGAAGUUCUCGGCUCACUUUAUUGCAAAAAAAGUUACGCGAUCAUGAAGCUGAUCAUUCCAAAAAAAAAGUGACCAAAAUUCCACACAUUACUACAGAAUCGAAUAAAAUUCAAGCACACUGGCAUAUAUUUGAUGAAGAUGAGGGCUUUGAAUGUCCUGAACACUACUACUUAGAAAAGACGAGAUGUGGUAUAAAUCCAAUUAUAGUUGGUAUUGUACUGAUUACUCCAAAAUUAAGCGUGAAACAGGAUCAGGAGAACCCUGACCUUUUCUCUCAAUGGAAAAAGAUCCAAUACGAGCAAAAGAGUUGCUCACCUGGAUUCAGAACGCAAUAUCGGAAAAAUUCACUUUCUUACAAAAAAAUCGUAGUGAUUGUCAGAAGCCUUCAAACUGGAAAUGUGUCACUCACGUUAGCAAACGAAAUCAAAAAAUAUAAAACAGAUGCUCUUAUCGAAUUUUUACAGAGAGAAGAGGACUUGGAGCUUGAUGACUUGAAAGUUAUUCGCGAAGAAAAAGUUAAUGGGCGUGACUUUCUCAAGUUAACCGAAGAAAAACUUGAGCGACAUGGAAUGAAACUGGGACCUACAUCGAGGCUUGCAGACUUCAUUAAGGAGUGUAAGGAGAAAGAAGCGCUCAUUUUCCUCGUAUAA